AUGUCGGUAAAAAACAAAAUGCACGUGAACCAACUGAACAAAACCAUAUUUAAGGAAAAUUACAAAAUUGAACGAAACCCUAGAGAACAGGAUAUUGAAUUAAUGGAAACCAUUGAAAAUUUUGGUGACGAUAUAAUGUUGAACAACGAGUCAUUUGAGAGCAACGCAUGCAUAAAGCCAUCCACUAAAAACAUUAAUGACAAAGGACAUGAUAAGAAUAAAAAUGAUAUUAAUUUGAAGAACUUGAAAAAAAAAAAUGGGACUACUAAUAACUACGGCGGGGGAGGUAGUGGUGGCACCGACGGAGGCAACCACAACAAGAGCGGCACUACAAAUAACAAGAACAACAGUGGUAACAAAAAUGAACAAAAGUUUUUUGCAAAUAUUCCACAGAUAUACGAAACGCAUGACUCCAGUGCCAAGGAGGAACUACACUCAUAUCACAACAAUGAGGAAGGCGGAGUGAUGUACAUCCUUUCCAAUAUCAUGGCUGUGUUAUACAUUAUCGUGGCUAUAGUGAUCAUCCUACACGUGCACCUGGACGAGGACCACGCAAUCAUCAAGGCCAUCAGCGGGUUGAAGCUCCGAUUUGUGGCCCUGAUAAAGGACGUGCCGGCUUUCAAAAACUUAAUGAUCACCGUCGCACUAAUCAAUGUGAAAAUUAACACCUUCCUGGAGCAGGGGAUGGUCAAGUGGAACGUUUUGAAGCCGUACAUAGAAGCUCUUAAACCACUGAACACAGAGUUCACAAUUUUGUUCACCAUUAUAAUCUUCAUGUUCUUCACGGCCAUCUCCGUUUUGAGCAUAAUACAUGGAAUUAUAAAUAUGAAGAAUGAAAAAAUUCUCAUGGAAAAAGCAAGUCGUGUUUUUGUGACGAACAAAAUGACCAUGGAUGAAUACGAAGAUAAAUCCUUCACGUACAGUGAAUUAGCCAAAUUGCAUAGCGACAAGGAUUAUAUUUGUUUAAAAAAUAAAAGGGCUGGUGAAGGUAUUGAAUCAUGGAACUGGCAAGUGAGAAAAAUUAAAAACGAUCAUAAUGAUAAGGAUAUAUGCAGUGACAUUGAAUUUUGUGAUGGAGAAAAAAACUAA